AAUACAAUGUAAAUUUAUUUUUCCUAAUCUUUUCAUUCAUUUUUUUCUUUUUUUAUAUUAAAUAUUUUUUUCAUUUUUUAAAAAUGGAGAAUGUAAAAGUUGUAUCCAGAAAUUCCAAGAUUAUCAAGAAUAUAUGGAUUUACGCUUAUCAUAUACAUAUAUCCACCGUAUCAACGUUCAAGUUUUUUUCAUGAUUCUUCGAAUAAAAACCUGUAUUGCUUCACGAUAAUCUUAUUUAAGCGCUAUUGUCAUAAUGUCGUAAACAUCGCAAAAAAAUCGCAUUAUAUUCCAAGUGGUUUAAGACUGUUUUUUACAUUUAGCAUUUUUUGUACUUAAAAUAAAACAAAUGUCAUCAUAUUUUCAUAUUUUUGUGCAUUGAAAAAAGGCUUUACUUAUAUUUUUUAUUUCAUCAAACACAUAGUUUUAUCAAUUGCGUAUCAAUAAAGAGAGAGAGAUAACUAUUGUGAAAAGUUUGACAAUACUAUUAUAUAAUACUUUUUGAGAUCAUUUGAAUGGUGACGCAGCAAAUUAAAUAGUUUGUUUAGCGUUCAAAUCGAAAAGCAUCAGGCUUAUUAAUUCAAAGCAAAUCGAUACCUCAACAAAUGUCUACUGGUAUUGUAAGAUGACGAGAUAUUGUGUUGGCUACUGUUGACCCAGAUUAAAAAUUAAUUUCAUUUUUCGUAUUACCAGUGUGUCACUGCUUAUAAUAGAAACAAUAUCAUAUAUUGACGUAGACUUUUUUGUAUUGUUAGAUUUCUCGAUAUCCUUUUAUAUUUGGAUGGAUUAUUUCCGAAAAGAGCACAUACUAUUUUUUGAUAAGUUUUCUAUCAAGUUCAAAAAUGUACACGUAUAUAUACUUAACUAAAAUAAACUGUGUUCUUGUAAAAAGAAUAGGUUAUUUCUACGCAUUACUGUAUAUAAAAUAAAAUUAGAGUUUCUUCCCUCCUAAAUUAUCUUUGUAAAAAUAAUGAAGAUUCGAAUAUUUAAGAUCAUCAGAAGCACACACACAACUGCGAUUAUAAUAAUCAUAUAAGUCACAGAGAAUCCUUAAUAAAUUAUUACUAAAAAUUAUUAAUUUUAUGAUUAAAAAUUACUUCAAUAAUUUUCUAAAAUUGUUUACAUUUCACAUUUUACUUUGCUACAAACGUCAUUUAUAUUAUCUAAUAUUUCAAAUAAUAGAUUUUUAAAUCGCCUUUAAUUCGCACUUCUUUCUCCGAAUCAGUGAUUUAUCUCGGAUUUAUCUUUCUUAUAUUUAUUUUACUUUAAUUUUACCUAUCCGCAUCUUAUCUUAUCUUUUACCACGCGUACUGUCGGCGCACUCUAUUUCUCGGCAUUACGCGAUCGCGACGGAAAGAAUGUUGCGUACAAUGCUCCCGUGCGUGUAAAUACCCGGGCCUGGAUACCACAAUCUCAUCAGACGAGCCGGUUUAGGCUCGCGCAGCAUUACCGGAAGCGCCUACGACGCGGUAAUACAAACGACGUGUCGAUGACGUAUCGAUACGCGUGAACGAGAGGAAGAACGAAGAGGAAGAGGAAGAAGAAAAGAGAGAGAGGGGCGAAAAAGAAGCGUCAUUAAUUAAGGAUGCACGUGGUGGUCCGGGGCGUGGAACACGUCAACGGCGAAACGUCGGGCAUUACACAAUGACCGACCGGCAUGGCACGUAUCGAACGAACAAUAGAUGCAACGGCGCGUAGGGGAACCGGAAGCACCGUAUAGGAACCGAACACUCGGGGAUCCGCGCGCACCAAUCUGACGCUCUCUUCCAUUGUCGGGAUACUCGUUGUCGCGGAUAGUUGGUCAUUCUUGGUGUAAAACGCUAGCGUGAAUCUCCCUCGAGUGAGCUCCGAAAGGUGCGAAGAUGUUAGCCCCUUAGUUCUCUAUUUAAUCAACAUAGCAAUUGAUUGGAUUCUCUGGUACAAUAUAAUCAAGAGACGAAGUUUCCAUUUUACGAUGCUUAGAAUUGAUUCUUUAUGAAGUUAAAGGUAGGGUAAUCUAUUGUAACGACUCGACAAUUAAUCGGAUUUUCUGGCUCACAUUAUUCGAAAUCAUCGAGACUGACAAAGUUCCUAUUCGAUUAUACUUGAAACUAAUUUUCUACAAAGUUAGAAAUCUGCUUUAAUGUCUGGUUUAAGAGCAGUAAAAUAAGGAACAUACAAACUUGAUACUAUGUGCGUUAUUUGACAUCAUUGCAACAACUGAGACCGAUGAAAUUUUUACUCAAUGUUAGAAGUUAAUCUUCUACAAAGUUGCGUGAUUGUUUAUUUUAAGAGCGAUAAAGAACAACAUCCUCAGAUGUAAGAAAUCACAUACAAAUGUCAAUAAUACUUCCAUCGCAUAAAUCUUCGAAAUUUUUAUAUAUGUUAUUUCGCAGAAAAUAACAUAAGAUACAGAGAUACAAAGUUAAUAUCGAAUAAAGAAAAGAAGGAAAUCGCAAUCGAAAUAACGCUAACGUAAUAAAAUAAAAUAGAAAUAUAGAAAGCGUGCUAAUAGGAAACUUGGACAUUUUUUUUGGAUCAUAUGAGAAACAAAGCCGAAGAAACAACGUCAGACGAUAAACAGAAACAGUUCAUCGUCCUUACUUUUACUCGAUGACAAUAGCGCGAAACAUUCGCGUUGGUGUUCAUUGUGAGACCGGAUUGAAGCUGAACGACCGAUGAAACACUUCUUUCUAAGAAUCCUUUGCGGGAGAAAGCGAGAGAAACGAAAAAAUUCUAAGUCGACGAAAACGAAGCGAGAGGCUGUGGACGAUGGCCGCUGCGCCUGUUGCUUGGCACCAUUCUUAAUCAGUCGCGGUGUGCGUUGCAACGAUUGCGGCGCUAAGUCCUGCAGAAAGUCCUGUUCUCGUUGGAACACAUCGGAUAAUGCUUGGCAUUGCAUAUUCUGUCAUCAACGAAGGGUGUGGAUAAAGAGGAAUGAGAAAUGGUUCGACAAUUUCGGUGGCACAACAAAUGAGAAGGAGGAAUUGCAUAGCUUCUUCGGCACUGCUAAAUCGCGAGUCUACGUUGCAGGACAUGGAGUCGCGACGAACAUGGAGAUUCAGGAAGAACAGGAAGAAAAGCGCAUGGUGCACAUAAUCCGACACUUUAUCGAGAAGAUAAUCGAGGGUCUCAUUGAUAAUGUGGACGAUACAUCGAUCGAUCGACUCUACGAAAAUUCCGAAUACGACAAAUUUUUGGAGGAACAUCGUCCGCCGUUGAUUACCGCUUUGACUCGAUUGGCUACGUGUCUGGAAACAUCUCUUAUGAAUAAACCAUCUAUGGAUUCGCCAGCUACGGCGCACGCGGCUCUCAGAGAGAUCGUCGAGCGAGCUGUCGAGGAAGCUCGGAAGUUACCGGGAUUGGGUGCAUCUGCGGAUACCGAGCAUCCUCGAGAAGGUCGCCCAAUCGCUGAUCAUAGUUAUGAGGACUUACUCGCCACCGCGAUACUUAAUAAGGUUGUCGAAAAAUUCCAAAGAGAACGAGUGGACGGCAACAGCAACGUACUACAUGACACAGAUUCGCCUAAGGCAAAAUAUACCACGACUGAGAGCGAACAUGGCCUUGAGGAAGACUCGGCGAGCUAUACGUCCUAUCGUCGCGAAUGCAACGGUAAUCGUAACGUGUCGAUCGGACAACAAAAUGGAGAUAAUCGGGAACCGAUGUCUUUUAUGAUGGAAGAACGAAUAGAAGAGGUAACUACGAUCACGUCGGAUGAUGAUGAAUUUCGAGGCAACGAUGUCAUGGAAUUCGAAUGCGCCCGGCGCGUUCCCUUUCCGGAACUCGGAAUGGAUAUCGUUGACCCUCCACGAGAGUCAUCGCCAUCGCCAUCAUCAUCGUCAGAUUCCUCAGAUUUUGAUCGCGAUGAAUACUCGUUGGCCAGGACAAAACGUCAUGUUGCUGAUCGCGCGAUGGACCUAAUCUCGCCCGUCGAAUCCUGGGAGGACAAUUGGCUAUUCCAGAAGAAGAGAUCUUCCCGAACACAGCCGGACGCUGUAGCUAUGUUGGUACCGAGUUCUAACGCGGAUUACAAGGCUCUGAUCGGCGACAGAGAUGCUGAAGACACGUCAGAUUUAUCUGAAUGUUCCUCUACAAAAUCCGAUGAGGAGAUCGAGAAGGAACUGAUGGAAGCUAUUAACAACGUAGUCCCGAGAACUCCCAGGACAUCCGAAUGCGAUGCGAAAAAUAAUCAAAUGGAAAAUAAUUCAGAAGUGCCAAAUAUUAGAAAAGAUGAAAUCGACAUCUGUCAAGUAGAAACAAAAAUGGAAAAAAAUUUGUGUAAAAAAGUUUACGAACAUUUCGAUGAGAAAAUUAAUGAAAAUUUCUUGAAAUCUCCGGAAAUUUCGGAAAAGAAAACAAUCAAAGAUAUAAAUGAUAAAGAGAAACUAAGUGAAAGUUCCUUUGCGUUGAUAACGGAGGCAAAAGGAGAAGACGAAGCCAAAGAGAAAUUUAAGGAUACAACCGAUUGCGGCGAAAGGAUACUGGCGAUCACGGUGAAAAAUUCUGCACAAAAGGACACGCAAUCUGGAAAAUCGAACGAUCGAACGGGACACGUCGCUGACGAAAACGAAGAACAACGAGAAAGCGAGUAUACCGAGCACUACGACACGGCGAUCCAGAGGCAUUUAGACAGUCUGACGAAAGUCGAAGUUUGCUCUGGAGAGAACGAGUUGACUGACGAAACGAGUAAAACAAUGAACGACCAGUUCAGAGAAUUAGAAAACAAUUCGAUUGAGGAACAAGAAAGCGAACGCUUGCAAAUCAAAGUCCAAUUAUCUUAUGCAACGACUAAUGAAAAUCACAUUGGUAUGACGGCUCAAAACGAUCGAUUAAGCGCCCCACCACGUCCAGGUACAAUAGCGGAACGCGAACACAAAAAAUGGGAAAAUGCGCCACCGAUCGAAAACAAUCCCUAUAGCGAGGAGAAUAUACGAAAGCGAUGCUUGGAAAGACAAUAUUCGAAAAAUUCGGAUAUUCCAGGAGCUCAUUAUGACUUAAAGAAGUUGAACGAAGUAAAUCUGGAGGCACUUCUGGCACUUGACCGUCCGGACAUUAAACGAUUCGGCAGGGACUAUUAUAUCAAUCAAUCGAAAGCGGCUAGCGGGGAGCGACAGGAGCAGGCCACCAGGUCGACGAUGUCUUCGAUGUCGAGCAGACCGAGCAGCUCGCUGUCCCAGCAAUCGAGCUGUACCGGCAACGAACAACGCGAACAACAGGUGAGUCACCACGAGCUCGAGCAAUUCGAGGCCGCCUCCCUGCGCGGCAGUCUUCCUAGACGACGCUGCCGCGAUCCCCUUGCCAGUCCACAUUUCGCGAUCAACCCCCUCUUGCAUCUGAGCGAUCGGUUAUGCCACGACGGUGACGACAACGACAACAAGCAGCAAGUCAAGAAUGUCAUAGAGAAUGAGCGAAUAAACGAAGACAGCGAAAGUACGAUUGAAGACGCAACAAGAGAUCAAAGAUUUAGAAAUUCUGAAGCGACAGUUGAUAGAGAGAAAAACAACUACAUUCUGGCAGAGAACUUGAAGAUCGAUACGGAUUUCGAGAAAUUCAUAUCGCCGGAUUGGAAUCAAUUCUGGAGCGAUCGCGAAGGAAAUACCAAUCGCGAGGCUGAAGAGCUCAUAGUACCACGAUACGAUGUUAACCGUGGAAGUUUGCUAGACAAUCGAGACGAUCACGAUCCGGGUGAUCAUGAUUCCGGGAUCGGUUCGCGCGACUCGGUGAUCAGCGAUCGGGAUCGCUGGCGACGAAUGUACCGGGUGGCAGACAACAAUCGUCAUGACGGCGGUGAGCAGAUAUCGUUAAUUGGUGGCAGAAGAUUCUGGACCACCGGCGGAUAUAAGUACCACACAUUCGGCGGCAUCAAAAUCCGGCCGAGGAAAAAGGAGGACCCCGACGAGCUUGAAGACGAAUCAACCUCGUCGUCGGAGGAUCAGUUCGUAGAUCGCACACUAGAGUUCGCGAAAUUAAAAUUUCAGACUUUUGGCGGGAUUAAAAGGAGUCGAAGAAUCAAUGGUAGCAAAAUUCCGAAUUACAGGAGGAUCCGGUUGAGACCGAUCCUGUCGGAAGCUGCAUCCGCCGUACCCGACAUUGACAAAAUCGUAUAUCGCGACCGUGUAGUAACGGAAAAAUCAACAAAUUUUGAAUUGUAUUCUAACAUCGAUUGUUUAGGAAACUUCGAUCGGUUAGCAAACUUAAAUCGUUCCACGAGUUUCGAAGGAUUCGCUAGCUUCGAGCAUUCUACGAGCUCGACUUUCGAAGAGAGCGACUGGCAGGACGAAGAGAACCACGUUGCGAACCAUCGGGUUUCAUCUGGACACGAUGUUGGCAGACAUCGAACGAUCGCCUUCAAAACGAACUUUGCGAUGAAAUACAGGAAUUCGUUUCGUAAGAAGAAUGUAAAUUCAUCCUCUCUCUUGUCCUUAGAAAACGAGGACGACGAAUGGCAGGACGAGGUCAAUUCUAUCUCCGAUGAGAGUAUAAUGAACAAAUUCCCGAAUGGUAUCUCAAAGAGGCGAAAAACUUACGCGUUCAACGACGACAAUGUUGCGAGACGAGGAAGAGAAAUGCGAUCUCGAAGGUAUCGGGAAAUCUUUGAGGAAAACAACGGCAGAAAGUUGGAGAAAUUGAUUAAUAGAAACACUAACAAUAAGAAGAGCCUAGAUAGCUCGAAGAAACUUCGACGAGCGCAAGAACAGAAGAGCGAUGAUAAGAGGCGAUACAGAAAGUUGAAUGUAAGAAGUUUGAGCGACGUCACGAUAUGGUGACGAUAAGCGCUGAUCAUAAAUGGAAUAAACAUCGACCUGUAAAAGAUGUACAAAAUAUAUCACGUUAAUAAUUAUAGCGUGAUUUUCAUAAGGAAAUAUUCUGUUGUAGGAGCAAUCCUAGAAAUAUUUUUGCCAUAUUAUAUAAUUAAAACGCCAAGACCCUUCUUAUUAGUAAUCAAUAAAAAAAGAAGAAAUACUUCAAGAUGAAUUGGAAUAUACGAUGAAAUGAAGGGAUAAUGAAAAAUAUUGCGAGAUUUUUGACAACGCGGAUAUUAUAUAUUCAGAAUGCGAGCUUCCGUGCAAUAAUUGCCGGACGCAAUCAAAAUAAAGAUUGUAAAGAUUUAUUAACAAUAAUUUAAUAUAAUUGGUACAAUGUUAUAUAUAAUUGAUUUAUUUUCCUCGGUGCAAUAACGUGCCUGAGAAAAUGAAUUUAUAUUAGUGUCGUAAUUCUGUGGCCAUAUUUUUCAAGAUAAAAGUGCCAUGGCGCGAAAUGUUAAUUCAUUAUGAAUUUAUGAAUGAGUACAAUAAUUAUACAAAAUUAAGAGAUCAUAUUUAUACGACAAUGAGUCGCAAAUGGUAAAUAAAUACGGGUGUACAAAAUACGAGACAUGUCUCACAAUAUA